UGGGAAAAGAGGAUUAAGGAGUAGUGUAUCCUUUAAGUUCUCUGAAUGAUGUGUCCCCUGCUUCCUUGAGUGACAUGAAGGAUUUGUAUGCUAUCUUUGCAGUUGAAUAUGUCAAAAACUAUGGUGAGAAACUUCUGUCAGAAGAAGUCUGUCAUGUAUCUUGUGCAUCUGCAUUUCUACACUGGAAAUUAUUUACUCUUAAGAUCAAAAGUCUAAUAUGAAAUGGAAAUAAUAAAUUGUGGACCACUGGUGGGAAAAGAGGAUUGGGGAGUGAAGACCAUAGAAUACUUAUCUAGAUUACUGUGGAAGUAAAGUGAUGUGGUUGUCAAUGACAAUGGACAAAGUAUGAUAGCUUCACGUAAUUAUCAUCGCCAAGAAAGUAGGAAAAAAGCAUCCACUUCAAGAAUUUAAUGUGCUCUGCUAGGGUAGGUGGUUUGACUAAUUCUUCUUGCCACAUAUCAAGUUAAGAUUACCUUACAGUCUUGGAAAAAAUGCAGCAGAAGUGCAAACAGAAUCACUUUUUUGUUCACAUCAAGAAACGUUUUGUUCCAGAAUCUCUGCUAAGAAAGAACAAUAGAGAGGAUGGCACACAAUCAAAACUGCAACAUGGCUGUGCCAGUGUUCUGUCUCAUCUUUUUUCUCAUGCCAGGAGCAUCGGCAUUUGUUUGCAAUUUUACUGAUUGUGAAGCUCUUCUCAAAUUCAAGGCAGGCAUAACAAGUGAUCCGGAAGGAUACGUCAAGGAUUGGAAUGAAGCCAAUCCUUUCUGUAACUGGACCGGAGUUACAUGCCACCAAUCUCUCCAAAACCGGGUUAUAGAUCUUGAGAUCAUAGACAUGCGCUUAGAAGGAAGUAUAUCGCCAUUUCUAUCCAAUCUUUCUCUUCUCACCAAGCUUUCCUUGCAGGGUAAUAAUUUCCGUGAAGAAAUCCCAACUACCUUGGGAGCUCUCUCACGGUUAGAAUAUCUGAAUAUGAAUGAAAAUCAGCUCUCUGGUGCCUUUCCAGCUUCACUACAUGGCUGUCAAAGCUUGAAAUUUCUAGACUUGUCUGUUAACAACCUAUCUGGGGUCAUUCCUGAAGAACUAGGAUGGAUGAAGAAGCUGAGUUUUUUAGCUCUCUCUGUAAACAACCUCACUGGGGUCAUUCCGGCCUUUUUGUCAAACCUGACAGAAUUGACACAGCUACAACUGGCUGUGAACUACUUUACUGGGCAAAUCCCUGUGGAGCUUGGAGUUUUGAGCAGGCUUGAGAUUUUGUAUUUGCACACGAACUUUCUUGAGGGAACAAUACCUGAAUCACUAAGUAAUUGCACUGCAUUGCGAGCAAUUUCAUUGAUUGGGAAUCGAUUAUCCGGGGAAAUCCCUUCAGAAAUGGGGAACAAGCUCCAAAACUUGCGGAUGUUGAAUUUUUAUGGCAACAAUAUUUCUGGUAGGAUUCCAGUGACAUUCUCAAAUCUUUCACAGAUAACACUGCUUGAUUUGAGUAUCAAUUACUUGGAGGGUGAAGUUCCCGAGGAACUGGGGAAGUUGAAGAACCUUGAGAUUCUUUACCUCCAUAGCAACAACCUGGUUAGCAAUUCUUCUCUCAGUUUUCUUACUGCUCUCACAAACUGUUCAUUUAUGAAGAAACUGCACUUGGGCUCCUGUUUAUUUUCGGGGAGUUUACCUGCUUCCAUUGGAAAUCUUUCCAAAGACCUCUACUAUUUCAAUCUUUUGAAUAACCGUAUAAGAGGAGAGAUUCCAGAUAGUAUUGGAAACUUGAGUGGCCUCGUGACCCUACAACUGUGGUACAAUCACCUGGACGGGACAAUUCCAGCAACUUUUGGAAAGCUGAAGCUGUUGCAAAGACUAUAUUUGGGGAGAAACAAGCUACAAGGUUCCAUUCCAGAUGAAAUGGGGCAGAUGGAAAACCUUGGCUUACUUGAUCUUGCCAAUAAUUCCAUAACCGGGUCAAUCCCUAGUUCACUUGGUAACCUCUCACAGUUGAGAUACCUUUACCUAUCUCAGAACAGCUUAUCAGGAAAUAUUCCCAUCAAACUCAGCCAGUGCUCUCUCAUGAUGCAGCUGGAUUUAUCUUUUAACAGCUUGCAGGGGCCUCUUCCACCAGAAAUUGGAGUUUUUGCUAACUUGGGGCUGUCCCUCAACCUUUCAAAUAACAAUCUAGACGGGGAAAUUCCAGCAACUAUUGGAAAUCUGGUAUCUGUACAAGCUAUUGACUUAUCGGUGAACAGAUUUUCUGGCAUUAUACCAAGUUCAGUUGGAAGUUGUACGGCUUUGGAGUACUUGAACCUAUCCAAGAACAUGAUUCAAGGUACAAUUCCAGAGUCAUUGAAACAAAUUGCAUAUUUAAAAGUACUGGAUUUGGCUUUUAAUCAAUUAACAGGCAGCGUUCCAAUCUGGCUAGCCAAUGACUCAGUGAUGAAGAAUUUCAACCUGUCGUAUAAUAGAUUAACUGGAGAAGUUUCAAGUAUGGGAAAGUUUAAAAAUCUUAGUGGAAGCACAUUGAUAGGAAAUGCAGGCCUGUGUGGUGGUUCUGCGCUAACGGGACUCCAGCCAUGUGCAGUUCAAAAGAAAAGGAGGAAGUUAUGGAAAUGGACCUAUUACUUGUUCGCAAUUACUAUUAGCUGCUUUUUACUGCUCUUGGUAUAUGUCGUGGUCCGUGUUAGACGAUUCUUUAAAAAGAAAACUGAUGCAGAAUCUGAAGAGGCAAUUCUGAUGGCUUUCAGAGGACGAAAUUUCACUCAAAGAGAGCUCGAAAUUGCAACGGACGGGUUCAGUGAUGCCAAACUCUUGGGGAGAGGAAGCUUUGGGUCAGUUUAUAAAGCUUGGAUUGAUGAUAGAAUAUCUUUUGUCGCGGUUAAGGUUCUAAAUGAAGACAGCAGGCGGUGUUACAAAAGCCUAAAAAGGGAGUGCCAAAUACUGUCAGGAAUUAAGCAUCGGAAUCUGGUUCAUAUGAUGGGAUCAAUCUGGAAUUCACAGUUCAAGGCUCUCAUCCUUGAGUUUGUAGGUAAUGGAAACUUGGAACAGCAUCUUUAUCCUGAGUCCGAGGGAGGAAACUGUCGAUUGACGUUGAGUGAAAGAUUAGGAAUAGCAAUAGAUAUUGCAAAUGCCUUGGAGUAUCUUCAAUUGGGUUGCUCAACUCAAGUUGUGCACUGUGAUCUGAAACCACAAAAUGUUCUUAUUGAUGAUGAUAUGGUGGCCCGUGUUGCGGACUUUGGAAUUGGAAAGGUCUUUUUUGCUGAUAAACCAGCUGAAUAUUCUUCUACAGCAAGUGGCCUGCGAGGAUCUGUUGGCUAUAUCCCUCCAGAAUAUGGACAGAGUAAUGAAGUAUCAGUUAGAGGAGACGUAUACAGCUUCGGUAUCAUGCUGCUGGAAUUGAUAACAAGGCAAAGACCAACAGGAGAAAUGUUCACAGACGGGCUUGAUCUAAGGAAGUGGGUGGGUGCCGCAACCCCUCAUCAUAUUUUGGAUGUGGUAGACAUGUCAUUGAAGCGAGAGGCACAUUCAAGUGGUGCAAUAGAGAAGCUAAAGCAAUGCUGUGUUCAUGUGGUCGAUGCAGGAAUGAUGUGCACAGAAGAGAAUCCACAAAGCCGUCCUUCCAUAUCUUUGAUCUCCAGAGAGCUCCAAAACCUUUGGAAACAGAUGGAAUUUGGGAAAUGAAGCAUGGUGUAGCUAAAUAAAUAACGGUGAUGAUUAUGUCAGUGAAAAAUUAGAUGUUGAAUGAGUUUGGUGAGAUGUUAUCAGAUAAUCAGCCUGCACUUGCACAUAUAAGAUGUUUGAGGCAUAGCUAUCAAGGUUUACAUCGUUUAUUUC